AUGACAAUCAUUGAUGUCAACAAGGAUCUCGCUGCUCUCUUUGAGCAGCAGGCCUCAGCCACUCCCGAUGCCGUGGCCCUCGAAGAUGAGAAAAGAUUCCUCACAUACGCAGAGCUCGACAGAGAAACCUGGGCUCUAGCUGAGCGAUUACGUGAUUACGGUGUUGGUCGCGAUGAUCUAGUCGGUGUUCUCAUGGGCAGAAGUGCCGAUUACGUUAUCGCUGCUCUUGCUGCCCUUCGAGCUGGUGGUGCUUUUUUGGUGCUUGAAGUCGCCUACCCUCCUGGUCUGCUACGAGAUGUUAUCGAAGAUGCGAAGCCAACUGUCAUUCUCACUCAAGUGGAGCACUCUAGCAACCUCACAUCUGAGACUCCUGUUAUUGUUGUCGACAGCCCCGAUAAGCAAGCUCGAGGAGAAUCUUCACCUCAUUUGACCGACAGACGGUCACUCCCCGAGGACGACGAUGUUGAGCGAUUACUCUUUGUCUCGUACUCUUCUGGUACCACUGGAAAGCCCAAGGGUAUCAUGAACCCCCACAGAGCCGCUAUCCGCUCAUAUGACUUGCGAUUCGCCGUCAACGACCUCAAGCCUGGUGACAGAGUGGCCUGCAAUGUUUUCUUCAUUUGGGAGAUGCUUCGACCUCUUAUUCGAGGUGCCACAGCUGUCGCCAUCCCCGACCACGCCAGUUACGACCCUGUUGCUCUCGUUGAGCUUCUAUCUUCAAAGAACAUCACUGAUACCCUCAUGACUCCCACACUUUUGGCCACAGUCCUUUCCCAACACCCCAAGCUCGGUCAGAAGCUCCCCCAACUUCGUUCUCUCUGGUUGAACGGUGAGGUCGUCACUACUGACCUUGUUCGCCGUGCUGUGGAUGCCCUCCCUGAGACACGCCUUCUCAACGUCUACAGCGCCUGUGAGACGCACGAGGUUGCUGUUGGCGAUAUCAAGACUUUUGUCGAUUUCGACACACAAGUGUGUCCCGUGGGUCUCCCUACAGACCCUGAGCACACCUACGUCCUCGAUGAGGCUGGCAACAGAGUUGAGCCUGGUGUGAGUGGCGAGCUCUACGUUGGUGGUAGCCUUUUGGCACGGGGAUACCUCAACUUGCCAGAAACGACAGCCAAGGCAUUCCAAAUGGAUCCCUUUUCUGGAGAGAAGGACGCUCGCAUGUACAGAACUGGCGAUUUGGCCCGCAUUCUCCCCAAUGGACUUUUGGAGAUCACUGGCCGAGUUGGUGGUAUGAUCAAGACUCGUGGUUAUACUGUUCAGCCCAGCGCUGUUGAGAGCGCCAUCCGAAAGCAUCUUGCCGUCCGCGACUGCGCGGUCGUAGCUCACGGCGAGGGCUUGGAGCGACAAAUUGUCGCUUACAUCGUCCGCGAAAAGGGUGAGUCUCGAGAGCGAACCAUUCCUCUCGUCGACGACUACGGAUACAGUCCCGUCGCUCGACGUGCUCUCACUGACCACCUUGCUCACUACAUGAUUCCUACCAUUUGGGUCGAAGUGGACGAGCUACCUACACAUGGCGUUUCUGGCAAGACUGAUCUCAAGGCUUUGCCUGUACCACCAUCCCCAAGAUCGCCCAGACCUGCCCCCAAAAAGGAGCAGAACAUCAAGGUCAAGACCGAGACCGUUAUUCAGCUGUGGGCCGCAUCGCUUAACAUGCCCGCCAGCGUCAUCACACCAAAGCACGACUUUUUCGACUUGGGAGGUCACUCUUUGGCUCUUGCCGAUCUUGCUGGACGUCUCACAAAGACCUUUGGCUUCCCUGUCCCUCUGGCUCCUCUGGCUGGAACUCCCACUCUGGAAGGACAUGUCGCAGCCAUCAAGGCAGCCCGUGACGGUCACACCGCUGCUGUGCAGGCUGAUCUACCAGCUGUCCUCCGUGCAGACUCUAUUCUACCCGACGACAUUCAGGGUAACGGUACCCCCAUGCGUGCCCUCAAGGAUGCAGAGACUAUCCUCCUGACUGGUGUCACCGGUUACCUUGGUGCUUUCCUCCUCAAGACCCUGGUUGACUCUACUGACGCACAGAUUAUCUGUCUUGUGCGAUUCCCCGAGCCCGUGGAAGAUUGUGCGCCCGCUGGUAUGGCCCGUAUCCGAAAGAACUUGAUCGAUCUUGGACUUUGGGAGGACUACCUGCUGGAGCGCAUUGAGAUCUUGCCCGGUACACUUACCAGGAAGCGACUGGGUCUUUCUCCUGAAGUGUUUGACGAGCUAUCGACUCGUGUUCAAGUCAUUGUCCACGCUGCUGCUACCGUCAACCUGGUCUACCCUUACGCUGCUCUGCGAAACGCCAACGUCAACGGCACCCGAGAGAUCCUUCGUCUUGCUGGCCGCAGUGGCGCUACUGUUCACCACGUCUCUACCAACGGCGUGCUUCCACCCUCUCACACUGGUUGGUGCGAGAACACUGUCAUUGAUGUUGAUGAUGUUCCUACCAAGCUUCUCGAUGGUUACGGCCAGACCAAGUGGGUUGCUGAGAAGCUCGUCGACGAGGCAAGCCGCCGAGGCAUUCCCGUGCGAGUUUACCGUCCCGGAACUAUCAGCGGUCACAGUGUUUCUGGUUCUACCAAUGCCUGGGAUUUGAUCAAUGCCAUUAUUGUUGAGUCCCUCCAGCUCGGUCGCGCUCCUGAUGUCGAGGGCUGGUAUAUUGAGAUGACUCCUGCCGACUUUGUCAGUGAUGCUAUCGUCACUCUCGCAAACCACACUGGAGACAGCGAGCAGACUCUCUACCAUCUUGGUGAUCCUGCUCCUGUUCCUUCCAAGGACCUGUUUUCCACUCUGGCCAAGCUGGGCUACCCCACCGAACCUCUACCCUGGGAUGAGUGGGUUGCUCUGUGGUGGGAGAAGCGAGGCAACAAGAAGACUGGCAACGAUCCUUUCACUGUCGACAUUCUCCGAGGUGGUAUGCCCAGUGACGAGGUUCUCAAGUCAGUCAUUGUGCUCAAGGAUGGAAAGACACAGCCUACACUUGACAAGUACAAUGUUCCUCGCCCCAAGAUGAACGAAGGUCUUCUCGAGAUUUACAUGCGACACUUUUACGCUCGUGGUUGGUUGUCUCGACCUCCUCGCCGAGGCCAAGUCAAUGGCUGUGCCAAGAAGGCUCGCAAGGGUCGCCUUGUAGGCAAGGUUGCAGUGGUGACUGGCGCUUCUUCUGGAAUUGGCGCCGCUGUAGCAGCUGGCCUUGCCAAGGAGGGCGCGCAUGUGGCCGUGGCGGCUCGACGGACCGAAGCCCUGGAAGACGUCAAGAAGAAGAUUAGCGUCUACGGUGGUAAAGUGUUGAUCCACAAGACCGAUGUCACAAACAAGGCCCAGGUGGAGUCCCUGAUGAAGGAGGCAAGCGAACAGCUUGGCCCUGUCGAUAUCCUUGUCAGCUGCGCGGGUGUCAUGUACUUUACCAUGAUGGCCAACAACCAGACUGAUGAGUGGGAGCGCACAGUUGAUGUCAACUGCAAGGGCCUCUUGCACGCCUUGUCGUCGACAGUCCCGGGUAUGUUGUCUCGUGGAUCUGGACACAUUGUCGCCAUUUCGUCCGAUGCUGGACGCAAGGUAUUCCCUGGUCUGGGCGUUUACUCGGCUAGCAAGUUCUUUGUUGAGGCCACACUACAGGCACUGCGUCUCGAGACAGCAGGUUCUGGUCUUAGGGUCACAGCUGUGCAGCCCGGAAAUGUGGCCACAGACCUGUUGGGCAUGUCGACCGACCAGGAGGCUUUGAAGAAGUACGGUGAGCCUACAGGCGCCGAGGUUCUCAAGCCUGAAGAGGUGGCCAGCGCUAUUGUCUACGCUGUGUGUCAACCCCCACACGUUGCCGUCAAUGAGGUGCUUAUUGAGCCUCGUGAUGAGCCCAUCUAA